UUAUUCAAACCUUUAUACUGAUUAAUGAUCAACAACUUCAAAAUAGCUUUACGUCUGUUUCCACUAACUGCAGUGUUGCCUCUUUUAUUUGAAGCAUCACUGUAACUUCAUCAUGUUUUUAACAAUUCUGUGUGUGCAGUUACUCUGGUUACUUAGUUUAAGGGAAAAGAAAAUGAUUUAAAAGGGAGAAAAGUGGGAGAAGGAAGAGGAGAGCUCUUCUUAAGACUUGCAUAAUGACUGAGUUUUAAAAAAAGUCCUUAAAUUAAGACACGACCGUGAAAAAAAGGCAAGCAAAAAAAAUGUAAAUAAGUUUAAACUUAUGCACAAGAAUUCUCUCUGGAACCACUUGAGCGCACUGUGUCCUUGAGUUUUCAUUUAAAAUAACUGUCAGUUGCUCAGGUGAACUACAGCUCCCAGAAACCAUGUUACAUAACAAUAAAGAUGGAUUCUAACUGAAGGAGAUAACACGGGCGACCUCCACAUUAAUGUUAGUGAAUUGAGUUUCCAGGCAGACCCCACCUCUUUUUUUCAUGCCACUGAACAUCUUUUAAGUUAACAUCUUUAUGUAGCUAAAUUUUGGACAAGCUAUUUACUUAUUAGAUCUGAAAGGCAGAUUGGCUGCAAAAUGGAACCUCCCUCCUUUUAGAUAUAUUUUUUCUCUCCGUGUAUUGUUGAUCAAUACUUUGGCCUCCAAAUAAUUUUAUUCCAUUCAACUCUAUACACACACACAGAAAAAAAUCCACAUGAAGUGGUUGCCUUUGUUGCUGUCAAUCAAUGGAGGGUGGUGCCACCAGUACUGGGACAAGUUGGUUGCAGCAAAGAGGAGAUGGGUGCAAACUCGUGGUCAAAGCAUCAGGUUUGCCUCGAGGUUCGCAACAAAACAAAAGCUCAGAGACAGCUACUGCUUGCUCCAAUUAGAGGAAGAAGACUGUGGCCCUGAGCAGGUGAAAGAAGCCUAUCUCAAACUCGCAAAGUUGUACCAUCCAGAUAGUGGUUCUAUCACAGUAGAUCCCAAGAAGUUUGUGCGGGUGAAAGAAGCCUACAAGGCGGUUCUCCGAGAUUUAGCUGAGAAAAGAAACGUGCAAGCCGAUAGAAACAAGGAUGACGAUGAAGAGGAGAGAUUCAAGCAUAUUGUUCCUCAACACAGGCACUAUCUUAACUUUGAAGGUGUUGGCAGUGGAACUCCAAGUCAAAGAGAGAAGCAGUAUAGGAAAUUCAGAGUCAACCGUGCAAAUGACCAGGUGCUGGAGUACAGGAAACGCAGACUGGAGAGUCAGGAUCCAGAAAACACUAUGAUGGUGAAAGAUAUGCAGCGUAGCAAGAAAAUUAAGAUUACCCAAGCAGUGGACCGACUAGUUGAAGAUCUCAUCCAAGAAUCGCUUGCCAAAGGUGACUUUGAUAACCUGAGUGGUAAAGGGAAGCCACUGCAGAAAUUUUCACAGUACCCAUACCUUGACCCGAUGACCCACAAUCUAAACCGGAUUCUCAUAGACAAUGGGUACCAACCAGAAUGGAUUGUGUUUCAGAAGGAAAUCAAGGAAACCAUUGAGCAGCUCAGGAAUGAUAUGAUGGAUUAUAGGAAAAAACUUGGUGAGCCUCUUACCCCACACAGGCAGGAACUGUGGACAUCCAACUUUAAACAAUUUAAGAGCGACGUUAAGAAACUUAAUAAGACGGUGGACAAAUUCAACCUAGUUGUCCCUCUUCUGACCAGACAAAUGCUGCACUUCAAUCCAGACAAGGAGCUCACUAUUGUAUUGAAGAAAUAUGAUGCACUGAUGGAGAUCAAGAAGACUGAACGGGUACCAAUUGAGGAAGGUGGAACUGUUGGACUGCCAAAACUCUUUGACUGGAUCAAGCAGUUUCUGAAAUAAGGAAAUGAAUGGCAAUGGCUGCUGAUAACCAGAAGUGAUUGUCCUUGUUAUAACCUGAAAAUGCUUGUGUAUUUAGAGGUUCCCAUUACUCAGACUAGCCAAAAUGAACAUUGAACAAGUCUAUGUCCACCAGCUUGUUGGGACAUUCCUCCCCCCCCCCCACCACCCCACCACCAUUUCACAUUUAAUUUACCUGUUGGUAAAAAUUCCUUUGAGUUACAAUAUACGGUGAUUUUCCCCCCCACACAAUAUAGAGGGAAGACUAAUCAGAUUAAGUUGCAUUUUUUGUGGGGAUUGGUGUGCAACAAAGAAUUAUUCCUAAAUUUGAGCUUACUAUUUGAUUGGGCUGAAGGAUUUUUUUUAAAUAGCCCGACAAAUGUGAUCUUACUUUAAUGUAAAUGUAGAAAUUGGUAUUGUUUAUAAUACAACCUGUAUAGGAGUGGUGGAUAUGAUUCAUACAUGCACAGGCAUGAAAGUGAAGACAUGUUUUAGAUUUUAGAUUUUCUGUGAAGAUAUGUUUUAAUUAUCGAAUUUAUUGCAACAUAUUU